AUGUCUCAUCCUAUGAUGGCUCCGUCCACAACUCCUACUACAGCCUAUUACAAAGUAGGGGUUGAGAAUCAUCAUCCAGUCAAGAAAGAAAGCUCAUGGUCCAUAUGGAAGAAGAAUAUAUGGAAACAAAUUUCAAAGAAAACUAUCGGGAAUAGGUCCAUCGAGGAGGUUGGAAUGAAUCUCAGCAACUUCUUCUCCAUCACCUAUGUGCAAGCAAAUAACAUCUUUGGAGGGGAAUCUUUACUGUUAUCGGAGGGUGAAAAACAACUCUCUCUUGCUUACAAAAUCAUUUCCUACAUAUUUAUGGCUAUUCUGAUUAUACUCUUUAUUGAAAGAUACAUUCGAGAGUUGGUUUCCAUCGCGAGAAAGAAACCUCUCCAAAUAUGGGUGAAUUGGAUGGAAGCCUUGAUUUUCUUAAUUUAUUUCAUCUUCUCCAUCAUGACCGCCAUUACCCAUAUGGUGUACAUUGUGAGAGAAUAUAAUCAUGAGAGGGAAGAGAGAGAGAAAACUCCAAAUGAAUAUACCAACAGAAUGGCUACCCUUGAACAAUUGUUGAGUAUUGAGAUUAUUGAGGUAUUGAUACAUGUGUACAUUAUUGUCGAUAAGGGAACUCACUUUUUGCAUGCUGGUCAUUCAGUUUCCCUCUUUUUGGAGAAGGCUCAACACAUUCCAAAACAUGCACAUCCAGGACAUGGCCAGGAAAACCAUCAUGACCACCACCAUUACAACAGAAGUUAUAUGAGGGAUGUAAAUCCAUAUGAGGUGUAUACUACCACCACCACUCCUGCUGCUGUGGCUUCUCUUGAAAGCGAUGAAGAAUCUUACGAUGACUAUAUUGGGAAAACGAAAUUUCAAACCAAGAAAAGAAGAUCAACCACUAGUUCUAUUGAAUUGGGUGAAUACAUAACAACCAAUUCCAAUAGGGAUGUGUUAUUGCUUUCCCAACUUCAAGACAAUGCUUUUGAGAGACUACGAGAGGAAGGAUUCAUCAUAAAAAAAAUAUAA